AUGUGUAAAAAUCGACAGGAUAAUGCAGGCCUUGAAGUGCUUGAAACAGCCCAAGACUUCAAGAGGAAUGAUUCUCUUGGAACUCAAGACUUGCAAAAGGAGAAUGAUUUUCUCAGGGCCCAGUUGUCUGCUAUACAGACAGGAUACGAAGAGGUUAUUGCUGCUCUGACUACUCAAAUAACCGAUAUGAGGAACGAUCAUGAAAAGUUCCGGUCACGUCAAAUCGAACUCGAAAACCGGCAAGCUCAACUCGAGAAUCGACAAUCCGAACUCGAGGAAGGGCAAGGGACUUUGGAAAUAUGUAUGGAAGACAAUAUUCACAGCCUGAUGAGCGACAAGAUCGAUAAGAUCUACGCAGAUGUGGAUCACGAUAUCGGCCAGGUUUACCAAGCUAUGGGCGAAGAGAUCCACACCCAGGUGGUCGACGAGAUCGACAACAAAGUGAUCGAAACGAUGGACAAGAUCAAGGAUGAAGUACGUACGAUGGCCGAGGAAACGAUUACGGGUGCCAUAGAAGGUGCAUUAGAGGGUGCCCUGAAAGGCGGCAUAAAGUCAAUAUGGGCCUGA